CGUCACCUAGCGGCGUCCAGCCCUCGCGCCAUGCUGGCCCUGCGGUGCGCCGGGCACGCGUGGGGCUUGCGGGCGGUCGCGCCGGCGUGGCUGCGGGGUCCCCCGGGGCGUUCGCUGGUCCUGGCGCGCCCGGCAGGGGUGGCGGGCGCGAGGUACCAGCGGGAGCGGGAGGCCGUGAUACCGCGCGAGCGCGCGCUCAGCCUGUCGGCCGCGGCGGUGGUGAACUCGGCGCCGCGCCCUCUGCAGCCCUACCUGCGCCUCAUGCGGUUGGACAAACCCAUCGGAACCUGGCUACUAUAUUUGCCAUGUACCUGGAGCAUCAGUUUAGCUGCUGAACCAGGUUGCUUCCCAGACUGGUACAUGCUGUCCCUCUUUGGCACUGGAGCUGUUCUGAUGCGUGGAGCAGGCUGUACCGUUAAUGACAUGUGGGACCGUGACUACGAUAAAAAGGUUAAAAGAACAGCAAAUCGCCCGAUAGCAGCUGGAGACAUUUCAACCUUCCAAUCCUUUCUCUUUCUUGGGGGACAGUUGACCUUGGCACUGUGCAUUCUUCUGUGUCUGAACUAUUACAGCAUAGUUCUGGGAGCAGCAUCCUUACUUCUUGUCAUCACCUACCCUCUAAUGAAAAGAAUCACAUAUUGGCCUCAGUUAGCCUUGGGGCUGACUUUUAAUUGGGGAGCACUACUUGGAUGGUCUGCUAUCAAGGGUUCCUGUGACCCAUCGGUGUGCUUGCCUCUUUAUUUCUCUGGAGUUAUGUGGACACUGAUAUAUGAUACUAUUUAUGCCCAUCAGGACAAAAAAGAUGAUGCUCUGAUUGGUCUGAAGUCUACAGCACUGCUGUUCAGAGAGAACACCAAGCAGUGGCUCAGUGGCUUUGGGGUUGCCAUGCUGGGAGCACUGAGUCUGGUGGGAGCCAACAGUGGUCAGACUGCCCCCUACUAUGCUGCUGUGGCCGCCGUCGGAGCCCAUCUGGCCCACCAGAUUUACACGCUAGACAUCCACAGAUCAGAGGACUGUUGGGACAAAUUUACUUCCAACCGCACAAUAGGAAUACUCUUGUUUUUAGGGAUUAUCCUUGGGAAUUUAUGGAAAGAAAAGAAGACAGAAGAAACAAAAAAACCUGAAGAUCAUAGGAUAGAAAAUUAGCAGAUAAACUGAGUGUAGUGGUGCACACCUGUAACCCCAGCACUCAGGAAACAGGAGAAUCAUGAAUUUGAGAGCAGCCUAGGCUACGUAGUUGAGCUCAAGGCCAGUCUAAGGACAUAGUGAAACUAUGUCAGAAGAGCAGGAGCUGGGGUUGUUGUCCAAUGGCAGAGUACAAGUCAACUGUGCAUCAUGCUGAAGACUCUGUUCCAUCCCUAGCAGAUAAAGUUAUCUGGGAAUUAAGAGUGAUUUCAUAAACACUCUCAGGGUUGUAGUCACAUUGUUAGAUUUGGAUGAGCGGUCUGUUAGAGAAGAACCAGAUGAGUGAAGCAUAUUUGCCUGGACUUUAGUUGUUUCCCAGCAAAAUGCUUCCCUGCCACGCAUCUUAGGUCUUCAUGGUUAGAGUAGGCUCGAGUGUCUCAGUGGGUGCCAUCUUCUGUCAGAUGACGUCAUGGUUAGAGUACACCCAUGUGUUUCUCAUUCUCAUCUGAAGUUUCGAGAAACAUUAGAUUGAGCACUUUAGGAAAAAAACCUGAUGUAUGUCUCUCAUCUAAAUAAAUAAAUAUGGGGGGGGGUUGUUUUUGUUUUUAAGGAAAAUGGACCUUUUUUGUUUUCUUUUCCUUUUUGAGACAAGGUCUUCAGGCCUGGCUGACCUGGAACUCGCUAAGCAGAACAGGCUGGCCUCGAACUCACAGAGAUCCAGCUUCUUGUGCUUGUGUUGCAAAGGUGUAAUACAACCACCACACCCUGCAUUCUUCUUUUUUGUUUUUCCGCUAAGACAGAAUCUGCUGUGGGAAGCCGGGCAUCUCUCUCUGUUGUCAUCUUUAUUCUCUGCUAAAAGCUGUCGUUCAAGAAGCCAUUCUAGUUCUGGAUGUUUUAGAAGAAUGGAAGUGAGCAAAUAAAAUUUUCACCUAUUACACCCAUA